ACACAGUCUUACUUGUGUGACUUGGCCAGAGAGGUAGGACGAUGUUGGUUUUACUACUUCUGGCCUUCCUCACCUGCGGUAAGUAGUGGUGUUACGCAAUCUCGGUGCAUUUCCUUCCCCUUUCCACUUGGUGUGAUUACUCUAUGUCUGUGUGCCGAGCUGUCAAUUUUUGUCCUUUGGGGACAAAUCGAACCACGCUCGGUUAGGCACAUUUCCUUAUGCUGAAUCAUCAUGGAACUUUGCGCUGGUUCACUACGCCAUAAUUCAUUGGCACAAAUAGGAAAACUAUUGUAGGGAUCGGAACUAUCUUGUACUUCAGGUUAAACAGAACUGUCACUGUGUACUUUUUGGUUGGCUCGAUCACAAAUUGUCCACAGGUCCGAACAACCGCCUGCAACAAUCGCCUCUCACCUCUAGCUAACACGUAUUUAUAAGUCCAUCUUCCUUCUUGCUUUACAGUCAGAGCACAGGAAAAUGAGGGCGAAAACAUCGCGUUGCGAAAACCUGUGUAUGGGAACGCACAGUGGCCCCAUUGCUUGGUCGACGGAAACUAUGGCACCACCAUCAGCCCGUACAAUGAACAGAUGCCCUUUUUCUAUGUCGAUCUGCAGCAUUGGUAUAAUCUAUCCUCAAUUCGAGUGCACGCGCAAAACCAAUGGUCAUUUUGUGAGUUCUCUUUCCCAGGGUAUACUCCACUUUCCACAGAUCAAACUGCACAAUUCUCAUCCGAAGGAAAUCACUUACAUCUCUCAAUGGACACAGUGAAUGUGGCUGAGAUUGUUUAGGUGAAUUUAAGUAGUCGUUUAACAAGCCAAUUGGCAUCCCCGACACAUUCGUAUACGCAGCUAAUUAGUGAUAUGACCUGACUUGAUCUCAUUCACACAAGAGCACGAUGGUGCCUGCGCUUUUGAUCUGCUUCCAUUGAGGAAAUAUUCUUCCGUUCAGUCGAGAAGUAUACAUCCUAACAUUGUUAUUUGUGUUCUUAAAUACACAACUCGAGCUUCACAUAGGUGUAGCAGUAUUUCGAAGAGCGUCGGUUCCAUAUUUCGUCAGAGAUAGGCAAUCUUCUGUGUCAUUCCUAUCCGGUUUAGUAUGUGCUGGUCAAUUCUGUAGUUGAUCCGUCAGACCGACAACAAGUGGGCUGGCAUGACUGCAGCGAUCGCUAGCAUUCGUUUCCAGAUUUGAUCGACAUUGUGAUGUUGAACAAUGGCGAGACAUCUGUGUGCACACGGUUUGGCUAUUGGAUGCAUUGAGCAUACCUUGAUCUUGCAGGGCUAUAGUGUCCAACCGACAUGACAUGAAUCCACGGAGGUAGUUAAGACCUGUCUUUCACUCGCGGUCGAUGUGCAUUUGCACGAUCCGCGCAUUACCUGCAGCAGGAGACUGUGGAUCGCAAUACACCGUGAUAGUUGCAAAGAUCGUACACUGUAAAAGUUGGCAUUCACUCAGAGUUGAGAUGUGCAUCCCCCAAUCAUGGGACGGACGUAUGUGAAAUCGGUACAUCCGGGCAAAUCACCCAAGCACUAUUGUGAAAUCAUGUGCACCAGAAUUUUACAGCGCACAACAGUAUUAAAACCACUUCGCAGCUUAAAUUUGUUUGACUAGCCACCUCUUGUUCCGUAUGCAAGUCUUUCCUCCUACAUAAACACAAAGCGUUCAAUAUAUCUAUCUAACAAUAUUUGGAUGCACAGGUAUAUCUACGUCAUGUUUGAAUCACUACUCCGAGAGUUAUUCACUGAGUUGUGUUGAUAAAUCUCACUUUGGUCCUUGCGACACAGAUGAUCAAGGAUUACACGUACCCUUCUCUGUCUACACGUGGGACCAGUUUGCAACGGGAUGCGAGAUGGAGCGGUUGUAUCCGUGGCACGUGGCAAUGCGCAAUCUAUCCUACAGCAGGAAGGGAGAGGAGAUUGUCAUUCCUGGCCCGAUACAAGCCCGAUACAUUAUAGUUAUGCCGGAUAAGGACAACUUCGAAUCUUCCACACAAGGUCUAGUGAUGGGCGAGUUGAGAGCAUUCGGCACAAAGAUCGAGGAUGCUUAUACUCCAGUGACAUUUGAAGACGGACCGGACAUACCAAACUACCACACGGAAACCCGUCGACGUCUGCUCAGCGGACAGGAGAAACUGCGUGUAGAACAGAGUUACGGCGAAUACCUGCUGAGCACUGAAUACAACGAUGUCGCGCUGGGUUGGCAUCACAACCGAAUCAACACAAUGGCUGUGGUGCGCGGUAACGCUCGUGCUAUUCUCAUGUCCGGAACAGACGCAAUGAACCUACUGUUGUCUGCAUCUGACUACUCCGCGUUGCGGGAGAACUUCCGCUCUUGGCUCAGUCCAAAUUGUUCGAAUGCAUCGUUUGUAGAAGUGACGGAGCAGGCCAAUGACGGAGACAUUCUACUGGUCACACGUGAGGACAAAUUUGAUGUAAAUGCAGUAUUUGACAAACUUGCGUCAGGCAAACAUUCCGUCGUGAUCGGUUACAUGGGGAAGGCACAUUCUUCAAACGACGAUUCGACGGAGCUAAUGAAGAAACUCCGAGUCAGAUACAAGAUACAUGAUGGCACGUACGUGCCGAGAGACAUAUCGCUACCAGGGUUGAUUGAAUCGACCGAUUUUAUUCCGUAUACGUAUUUCCUAAAGUUAGCAGCAGAAAGUUGGAAGUACUUUCGAACACAGGAUGUGUUCUCCAAGGUGAAGUCCGUGAACAAGAAGGACCCUGAGUUUCAAAUCGAACUCCGAAAGUUCAUUGAAACAUAUAAACAAUAUUUCAAAGAGCACCCCAUCUGUGACAAAAACCCCUACCAAAGGACUCCAGAAUUAGAUACAGCGUUCGAAAACUGGAACCGUCUUUUGUCUUUGCAGACCGGAUCCAGAAUUGAGCCAGUAGCUGGUUCAGUGCGCACGCCUGGAGAUGUGCACUCCAGCGAGAACGCCACAUGCUACUCGGUCACGUUUAGUGUGAGUGUACGCGGCAGUUUCUAUCCUAUGGGAGGCUACGCAAAGCCCGGAUACGGGUUCCAGUACAAGGUGCUCAAUGUGUCCACUGGUAGUCUCAACGGUUUCCGUAUCCGCGUUAACCCCCAAACGGACACUGUGAGACACUCGGUACUCAGACGCUGGUUUGCUGUCACCUCAUCUGCAGAUUUGGAAAUGGAGGGUGAGUUCGCUUCACCAUUCGGAGGUCCGAUAGUGGUCGAGAUUCCUGGGCCCGCGAACAUUACCAUCCACUUCAAGAACGUUUACCGCUACCCGUGGUUUGAUAUUCGGAAUCCGGAGUCAAGGAACAACUGGGAUGUUGAGCGUCGUAAAUAUCAUGGCGUUCCCUUUGUGAUGAUAGUCGGUAAUAACAUGAUCAGCAUGAUCGAAACAUCAAUGGCAACGAGGACCAGCAAGGAGGAUAUGAUAUACUGCAUCAACCACUAUGACAAUAUGGUCAAGCUAAUGCACAAUUACCGUGGCACAGACUAUGCAACCGAUCGGCUGCAGGUAUUUGUGACCGAUGAACAAAUCUCGGCUGGUGAUGGUCAUUCGGGCUACCCGUGGAUGGGUCACAAGUAUUGGGGAAACGCUCUUGUAUCGAAGCAAGGCAUACAACAAGGGAAACAAAUUGGGAUCCCACACGAAGUUGGUCACAAUCUGCAAGUCGAUCGGAUCACAUUUAUGCAUGGCGGUGAAGUGACUAAUAACAUGUACAUCCCAGUGAUGUACAAGUAUCUGGUUGGGCUUGAUUCCUACGCCAAGGGAUUCCAACCAGGCUGGACUGAAGGGGAUGAGAAUGAUCUGUUAGCCACUUGGCGUGGCACCGAGUACAGAGGUGUGCAAGUGAGUUACUACAAUUACUUCCACAGAUACUUCACCGCGGCUCUCGUUGGUAAUGUGAUCAGCAGCGCAGUCCACUCGAACGAGGCCUUCAACACUGAGGAGAGGAAGGUAAACUUUUGGAUGAAGCAAAUCUGCAACGAGUCUGGAUACGAUCUGGUUCCAUUCAAUCGUUUGUGGAAGCUCCCAAUCACCAACGAAACAGCGCAGUUUUGUGCUCAAUUUCCAUGUUUCUUCCCUGACGACGAGCUCACGCAAAAAGUACCCGAAUUGGUGGAACAACUGCUGAAGGAGUAUGGUAAGGAUUGCUCUCGUGAGAAGCCGAGGGAGGUACAAUUCAAGCGGGAUAUCUUGCGUGGUACUAACUCGUUGGAUCCACAGAUGAUUUUCUUGCAUGAAGAAGGUUGUGCUUCAUAGACCCUCACGAGAACUGCCGGACCAGAUGUGCCCACCGUGAUUUCACCGUUUGCAGUGGUUUAAUGUGUUCACCUAUUUGUAUUUUGCUAAAUAAAUCUUGGUUCUUUGGGAAUUUUUCACAACAG